GGCGCGCGCGCGCGGCGUUCCGUCGGGGCCCCGCGCCGCCGUCCCAUUCAUGCGGGGCAGCGGUGGCGGCAGCGGUGGCGUGAGUGAGGCGGGCGCGGAGCCCCGAGCGGCGGCGGCAACAACGGCAACGGGAGGAGGCGAGCGUGGAGGAGGCGGCGGUAGAGAAGAAAAAGGAGGCGGUGGCGGCCCGGCGGGCGGCUCGGUGUGGAAUGCAAUUAUGGCUGGCACGGUGGAGGCGAGCGGAGACCGGAGCCGGCUGACCAGACUGGCUGUGCCCACAAUGUCCUGAAUGCAGAGAACAGUGGAAGCAGAGGAGACUGUGUCCUGUUAGCUCCUCCUCCCUCCCUCAUCCCUUUAGUUUGGAUUUGUUUCUAUUUAUUUUGUGGCUGGGUUUGGGCAUGGCCUUGGCUGGAUGUGAGGCUGCUGCAAUGUGGCUCUUUUGGCUCAAGCACCACUUGUCCAUUAAUGUUUGGACCUUGCUGCUCUUGGGGAGCACCUGGCUACCGCUGGCGGAAGGCAGCCCCAAGUCUCCCUUUAGGACUUUCCCGGUUUCAGACUGGAGCUUGACACACUUGGUGGUCCACAACAAAACUGGGGAGGUCUACGUGGGGGCUGUCAAUCGGAUCUACAAGCUCUCCAAUAACCUCACGCUCCUUCGGACCCACGUGACAGGGCCUGUGGAGGACAAUGAGAAGUGUUACCCUCCGCCCAGUGUUCAGUCCUGCCCGCACGGGCUGGUCACCACCAACAAUGUGAACAAACUGCUGCUGGUGGACUACUCGGGGAACAGGUUGAUCGCUUGUGGCAGUGCCUCCCAAGGUAUUUGCCAGUUCCUGCGGCUGGAUGACCUCUUCAAGUUGGGUGAGCCCCACCACCGCAAGGAGCACUACCUCUCCAGUGUCAAUGAGUCAGGCACCAUGUCUGGGGUCAUCAUCGAGGUGCUGAAUGGGCAGAACAAGCUCUUCAUUGGGACGCCCAUUGAUGGGAAGUCAGAGUACUUCCCUACGCUCUCUAGCCGCAAGCUGAUGGCCAAUGAGGAGAACGCGGAGAUGUUUGGCUUUGUGUAUCAGGAUGAGUUUGUGUCCUCCCAGCUCAAGAUCCCCUCGGAUACGCUCUCCAAGUUCCCCACCUUUGACAUCUACUACAUCUACAGCUUCAGCAGCGAGCAGUUUGUUUACUAUUUGACCCUACAGUUGGACACCCAGCUCACCUCACCCGACUCCACUGGGGAGCAGUUUUUCACCUCCAAGAUUGUCCGCCUCUGCGUGGAUGACCCCAAGUUCUACUCCUAUGUGGAGUUCCCCAUCGGCUGUGUGCAGGACGGCAUUGAGUACCGCCUCAUCCAGGACGCCUACCUGACCAAGCCUGGCAAGGCUUUGGCCAAGUACCUGGGCAUCUCAGAGCGGGAGGAUAUCCUCUUCACCAUCUUCUCCCAGGGCCAGAAAAACAGGGUUAAGCCUCCCAAGGAGUCUGUGCUCUGCCUCUUCACGUUGAAGAAGAUCAAGGAUAAGAUCAAGGAGCGUAUCCAGUCGUGUUACAGAGGGGAAGGGAAGCUCUCGCUGCCCUGGCUCUUGAAUAAGGAGCUGGGCUGCAUCAACUCGCCGCUGCAGAUCGACGACAAUUUCUGUGGGCAGGAUUUUAACCAGCCCCUGGGUGGCACCGUCACCAUCGAGGGCACCCCACUCUUCGUGGACAAGGAAGAUGGCAUGACCUCAGUGGCUGCCUACGACUACAGAGGACAAACUGUUGUCUUUGCGGGCACACGGAGCGGGAGGAUCAAAAAGAUCCUGGUGGACUUGCCGGCCGAGCGGAGGCACCAAGCGCUGCAGUACGAGAACGUCGUGGCCCACGAGGGCAGCUCCAUUCUGCGAGACCUGGUGCUGAGCCCUGACCGCCAGCAUAUCUAUGCCAUGACUGAGAAACAGGUGACACGGGUGCCAGUGGAGAGCUGUGAGCAGUAUGAGAGCUGUGAGCUGUGCCUGGGCUCCCGGGAUCCCCACUGUGGCUGGUGUGUCCUCCACAACGUAUGUUCGCGCAAGGACCGGUGCGAGCGGGCGGAUGAGCCCCAGCGCUUUGCCUCUGACCUGCGGCAGUGCGUCCAGCUCACCGUGCAGCCGAAGAACAUCUCAGUCACCAUGUCAGAGGUCCCGCUGGUCCUGCAGGCCUGGAAUGUCCCAGACCUCUCGGCAGGAGUCAACUGCUCCUUUGAAGACUUCACCGAGUCCGAGAGCCGCAUUGAGGAUGGGAAGAUCUACUGCAGUUCUCCCUCUGCCAAGGAUGUAAUCCCCAUCACCAGAGGCCGCGGGGACAAGCGAGUGGUGAAGCUCUACCUGAAAUCUAAGGAGACAGGAAAGAAGUUUGCCUCUGUGGAUUUUGUUUUCUACAACUGCAGCGUCCAUCAGUCCUGCCUGUCCUGUGUGAACGGCUCCUUCCCCUGCCACUGGUGCAAGUACCGCCACAUCUGCACCCACAAUGCCGCUGAUUGCUCCUUCCUGGAGGGACGAGUGAAGCUCUCUGAGGACUGCCCCCAGAUCCUGCCCUCCACCCAGAUCUACAUCCCCGUGGGUGUAGUGAAGCCCAUCACCCUGACGGCCAAGAACCUGCCCCAGCCGCAGUCCGGCCAGCGCAACUACGAGUGCAUCUUCCACAUCCCUGGCAGCACCACCCGUGUCACCGCCCUGCGCUUCAACAGCACCAGCAUCCAGUGCCAGAACACCUCGUAUUUCUAUGAAGGGAAUGACAUCAGUGACCUGCCAGUCAACUUGUCCGUGGUCUGGAACGGGAACUUUGUCAUUGACAACCCCCAGAACAUCCAGGCCCACCUGUACAAGUGCUCAGCGCUGCGGGAGAGCUGCGGUCUGUGCCUCAAGGCCGACCCACGCUUCGAGUGCGGCUGGUGCGUGUUGGAGAGGCGCUGCUCGCUGCGGCAGCACUGCCUGGCCUACGAGAGCGUCUGGAUGCACGCCAGCAGUGGCAACAGCCGCUGCACCGACCCGAAGAUCACCAAGCUGUUCCCUGAGACUGGCCCUAGGCAAGGGGGGACUCGUCUGACCAUCACCGGCGAGAACCUGGGCUUGAAGUUUGACGACGUUCGUGGGGGCAUUCGAGUCGGCAAAGUGGCCUGCAGCCCUAUCGAGAGCGAGUACAUCAGUGCUGAGCAGAUUGUCUGUGAAAUUGGAGAUGCCAGCUUGAGCAAGGUCCAUGAGGCACGGGUUGAAGUCUGUAUCCGUGACUGCACAACCAACUACCGUGCCCUGUCGCCCAAGAGCUUCACCUUUGUGACACCCACUUUCUCCCGUGUGAUCCCAGCACGAGGUCCUCUCUCUGGUGGCACCUGGAUCGCCAUUGAAGGCAAUCACCUCAACGCUGGCAGCAACGUCUCUGUGACCAUUGGGGGACGGCCUUGUGCUUUUUCAUGGAGGAGUGCCCGUGAGAUCCGGUGCAGGACCCCGCCGGGGCACACCCCCGGUGGCUCUCCUAUCCUCAUCAACAUCAACCGGGCAGAGCUGAGCAACCUGGAGGUGAAGUACAACUACACGGAGGACCCUACCAUCCAGAAGAUUGAUCCCGAAUGGAGCAUCAACAGCGGUGGGACAUUACUGACUGUGACUGGCACCAACCUGGCCACCAUCAAAGAACCCAGGAUCCGCGCCAAGUAUUCCAGCUCUGACAGGGAGAAUAACUGCACGGUCUACAACGACACCACCAUGGUGUGCUAUGCGCCUUCCAUUGACAACCCUAUGCGGAGCCCUCCCGACGUUGGUGACCGCCCAGAUGAGAUUGGCUUCGUCAUGGAUAACGUUCAGGCCCUGCUCAUCAUCAACACCACCAAUUUUGUUUACUACCCAGACCCUGUUUUUGAACCACUUAGCCCCACAGGGAUGCUGGAGCUGAAGCCAAGCUCUCCCCUCAUCCUCAAGGGCAGGAACCUGCUCCCACCAGCUGCUGGUAACUCCCGCCUGAACUACACAGUGCUCAUUGGAGACACUCCCUGCAUCCUGACUGUCUCCGAGACCCAGCUCCUCUGCGAGUCCCCCAACCUCACUGGCCAGCACAAAGUCACGAUCAAGGCUGGAGGGUUCGAGUUUUCUCCGGGGACGCUGCAGAUCUACUCAGACAGCCUGCUCACCCUGCCUGCCAUCAUUGGGAUUGGAGGUGGGGGUGGUCUGCUCCUCCUCAUCAUCAUCAUCGUCCUUAUUGCCUACAAGCGCAAGUCUCGGGAUGCCGACCGGACCCUGAAACGCCUCCAGCUGCAGAUGGACAACCUGGAGUCCCGGGUGGCUCUGGAGUGCAAAGAGGCCUUCGCCGAGCUGCAGACUGACAUUAACGAGCUGACCAAUGACCUGGAUGGGGCUGGCAUCCCGUUCCUGGAUUACCGCACCUACGCCAUGCGGGUGCUCUUCCCAGGGAUAGAAGACCACCCUGUGCUGAAGGAGAUGGAGGUCCAGGCAAAUGUGGAAAAGUCCUUAACCCUCUUUGGGCAGCUGCUGAACAAGAAGCACUUCUUGCUGACCUUCAUCCGCACCCUGGAGGCUCAGCGGAGCUUCUCCAUGCGGGACCGUGGCAACGUGGCCUCCCUCAUCAUGACGGCGCUGCAGGGGGAGAUGGAGUACGCCACAGGCGUGCUGAAGCAGCUUCUUUCUGACCUCAUCGAGAAGAACCUGGAGAGUAAAAACCACCCCAAGCUGCUUUUGCGGAGAACAGAGUCAGUGGCAGAGAAGAUGCUGACAAAUUGGUUCACGUUUCUACUCUACAAGUUUCUGAAGGAGUGUGCUGGGGAACCACUCUUCAUGCUCUACUGUGCCAUCAAGCAGCAGAUGGAGAAGGGACCCAUUGAUGCCAUCACAGGAGAGGCUCGCUACUCCCUCAGCGAAGACAAGCUUAUCCGGCAGCAGAUUGACUACAAAAUGCUGACCCUCAACUGUGUGAAUCCUGAGAAUGAGAAUGCCCCAGAGAUCCCCGUCAAGGUCCUGAACUGUGACACCAUCACACAGGUGAAAGAGAAGCUGCUGGAUGCUGUUUACAAGGGAGUGCCCUAUUCCCAGCGACCCAAAGCUGGAGACAUGGACCUAGAGUGGCGGCAGGGCAGGAUGGCUCGGAUCAUACUGCAGGACGAAGAUGUCACCACCAAGAUUGACAAUGACUGGAAGAGGCUAAACACCCUGGCCCACUACCAGGUUACAGAUGGCUCCUCGGUAGCCCUGGUGCCCAAGCAGAACUCAGCAUACAACAUCUCCAACUCUUCCACCUUCACCAAGUCCCUCAGCAGAUACGAGAGCAUGCUGCGGACAGCCAGCAGCCCCGACAGCCUGCGCUCACGGACCCCCAUGAUCACUCCAGACCUGGAGAGUGGCACCAAGCUCUGGCACUUGGUGAAAAACCACGACCACAUGGACCAGCGGGAGGGUGACCGGGGCAGCAAGAUGGUCUCCGAAAUCUACCUAACCCGCCUCUUAGCCACCAAGGGCACCCUGCAGAAGUUUGUGGAUGACCUGUUUGAGACCAUCUUCAGCACAGCACAUCGUGGGAGUGCACUGCCCCUCGCCAUCAAAUACAUGUUUGAUUUCCUGGAUGAACAAGCUGAUAAGCAUCAGAUCAAUGACUAUGAUGUCAGGCACACCUGGAAGAGUAACUGUCUACCUCUGCGUUUUUGGGUGAAUGUGAUUAAGAACCCCCAGUUUGUGUUCGACAUUCACAAGAACAGUAUUACUGAUGCCUGCCUGUCUGUGGUGGCUCAGACAUUCAUGGACUCCUGCUCAACUUCUGAGCACAAGCUAGGAAAAGACUCUCCCUCCAACAAACUACUGUAUGCCAAGGACAUCCCCAACUACAAGAGCUGGGUAGAAAGAUAUUAUGCAGAUAUAGCUAAAAUGCCAGCGAUCAGUGACCAGGACAUGAGCGCGUACCUGGCGGAGCAGUCACGGUUACACCUCAGCCAGUUCAACAGUAUGAGUGCGCUGCAUGAGAUCUACUCUUACAUUACCAAGUACAAGGAUGAGAUUUUAGCUGCACUGGAGAAGGAUGAGCAGGCCCGGAGGCAGCGGCUGAGGAGUAAGCUGGAGCAGGCGAUCGACACAAUGGCCUUAAGCAGCUGAGAAGGCGGCAGCGCGGUGCCAGCACCCCGGGCAGCGGAGGCAGCGGGAGGGAGGGCCGGCCGGCGGCAGCCGCGGGCAGGAGCAGACUUUGGGGCUGGCCGCACCUGCGGGAGCCCCGCGCCGCCGCCGCACGCUCCCCGUAACGAACACGGAAACCUUCAGCGGAAAGAACCCCGAACCCCGACGACAGCAGCGACAUCGAUGUGACCCCUGACCGCACGCAGCCCCCAGGCCAACCAGGAUGCAGCAGGGACCUUGCAGAGAGGCGAAGCCGGGCGGAGGAGAGGGGAUCGCCUGCCCCGCGGGACCCGCCGGGCAAACCUCACCCGGGCAAAGCCCUUGAGCCCACGAGGAAGGAGGGUCGGGACCGGGGGUGGGGACUUUCUGGGACGGCGUUUGGAUGUUGUUGUUACUUUGGUGGAGGGAGGGUGGGUGGGCUUCUAUUUUUACUGUACUUGACUUGCUCUCCCCUCCUUCCCUGCAGCUAUCUGCCCCCUCUCCUUCUCCUCCUCUCUUUUUCUGUCUCUAACCCCCCUUUUCUCUCUCUCUGGCCUUCUGCCACUAGUGUUAACUGCUAUAUUUGCACAAUUUACAUGAAAGAAACAAAAUUUUUAAUUUAAGGAGAAAAAAAAAAGAUAACAAAAAAAAAAAAGGAAGGGGAAAAGAAAGAAGAUUCUAAAUCUUUGCAACAAACUAACAAAAACUGGGUUAAAAAAAAAAAGAAGAAGAAGCUAAAGGACUGAUGCUGGGGAGAUUUCUGGGGGAGGGAGCAGUAGGGCUAGGCAGGAAAGGGAGAAAUCCCUGAGCUUUGAUAUUUCUACAGUAUGUCCUGUGCCAUGUUUUAUUUGAAUGUUGUUUAGUGCAGAAAAACAGAAAAAAAAACCAAACAAAAAAAAAAAGGUGGGAAUUUUGUUAGCUGAAUAGGUGCUCUUAUUUAAAUGCUGCUGGAGUGGUUCUAGAGGUCAGGAUCAGAGAGGAAGGGAGAUUCCCAAGGCUGGUUUUUCUUUUCCUGGGGGAAUCGGUGAGGGAUGGUCAGUGUUUUGUUGAGCUCGUCCUUGUUUUCCCGAUCUGGUGGCCACAGGGAGGUGUGGGCAGUGCUGUCUGCUCCUGCCUGUCCCAGGACAGUGUGGGGUAACAGAUGGUUUUGGAAGCACAUGAGUUUGGGGGCUGUUGUGGAGAGCCAGCCUGGGGUCUUUUUGACAGAUCCCCUGACACUGGAGCAGCCUGAAUGAAGCCUCUUUAUUAUUUCCACCCCCCUGUCCCAUCGUCUUUUUAUGCUGAUGCAGGGGAAGGGACCAGAUCCUCUGGGAAAAGGAAUGCAGCUCCUCCACAUCUCCUGGCCAGGAUCCCACAGCGAAACCCUGCUGGGUGACCCAGCCCGUGGAGGCAUCAGGAUGUUCAGCUGCCACGGGUCUGUUGCCUGCUUCCUCCACCCAGGAAACCCAAACGUGUGCAGGACUUUCUGCCCCAGAUUGGCCUUUCUUUCUCUGUCUUUUACUUCUUUCUCUCCCUUUCUCUCCUUGCUGUCACCCCAUCUCCUCUCCACCACCUCUGCCCUGCUUGGGGAUUUGCUGGAAACCUGAGGUCUCUCCCUCAGCUGCCCUCUUCAAAAAACGUCAGAUCCUUGCGGGUUUGUGCUUCCCAGAGACAAAAAGGUUCCCAACGCUGCCCCAAAUGGCAGCUGGUGACCGAAAUCUUCCCUCCCUAAAAGAAAUGAGCAAACCCCUUUCCUUCUUUCCUUUUCCAUACCCAGAGCUCCCACCGCUGCCCAGGCCAUGGCAGACAGGGCAAGGCUCUGCCAGCAGCAGGUGGCUAUCGAAAUCCAAGCGGAAAGAAGCCCAACUGAUUUCUGUCCGUUCCCUUAAAUUGCAAAUUAAGGGCGGGGUGGGGGUGGGGAGGGGGAGAAAUAAUGAAGUUUUUAAUUAAAAAAAAAACAAAAGAAAAAGAAGAAAAAAAAAAAAAAGAAUAAAAGUGUGUAUAUAUAUAUAUGUGGUUACAAUCUAAUUCUCGUGCCCCAGUGGGGUGCUGUAUAGUUAACUGAAGGAGACUCGAACCGCUAUAAGUACCAGAUGAAUUUACACAGCCAGUUAAAACAAAACAAACGACUACUACGACAACAAACCCCAACCAAACAAACAAAGGAUCCCAAACGGUCUGGAAGAGCUUUCCCAAACCUUUCUGACCACGGCAAGAACGAUCUGUUUCGAAGCCUUCCCAUCUCUCAUUGCGUUGUCAUUUUGGUUUGGUUUUGGUUUGUUUUAAUAAGGAAGGAAAGGAGAAGAUGCCGGUUUAUACACACACACACUCACACAAAACCAACCCAACCAGACAACCAAAACACCCCCAACAAAAACACAACAGGGAAAAAAAAACAAACCCACACCACCACCACCACCAAAAGAACAACAACAACAACCCUGCAACUACAACAGCAAAACUAUGAAACAAAGAGGAGUAAUAAUUGUUUCCCAAACCUAUGAACCCUGAGCUGUCGCUGGAUUUCGGAGAGCUGUGGGCUGUUGCAUGACUGUGCUAGAUUUUAGUCUGAGUUGAUCUUUUUAAGAAACAGAAGAAGAAGAAGAAGAAGAAAAAAAAGCAUAAAACAAAACAAACAAACAAAAAAAAUAUAUACCCCAACCCCAACCCUGCAAGUGUUGAAUAUUAGGAGGUUUGUUUAGACCUGUUAAUCUAUUUUUCAAUUUUAAUUCUUUCUUUUCUUUGUUUAUUUUAAAAUAUAAUUUGAGAUGCAUUUGUCGCUUUCUGGUCCAAAUGAAAACCAAAACCAACCAAACAAAACAAAGGCAAAAUGGCAAAAAAAAAAAAAAAAAAAGGCAAAAAGAAAGAUUUCAAAAUGUGAAAGAUGAAUCCUUAAGGAGAGCCUUAAAGGACAGCUGUGUGCCUACUCAUGCCGUGGCUGCUGCUGGCUGCCAGCAUCUCCCUGGGUGCUCUGGUGGGACAAGAUCCUCCUGAGGGGUCCCUUGGGGGCUCGUUUGUGGAACUCACUGCCACCGUGCUGGGGUGGAGGGGUGCCCACAGCUUCCUUUGGUGGAAGGUUGGCUCAGAGCUUUGGCCUUGUGGGGCUGCUGGCUGGGUGGCAUUGGUGGAAGUCCUGGAAAUCCCCUGGAGGAUGGUGACCAUGUGUGGGUGAUCACUGCAACCUGGUGGAAGGGGAGUGUCCACCCAGAAGUGCAGUGGGUCCUGCCUGUUUCAGUGGUAAGAGUGUCUUGGGGAGCUUUGGUUGUUGAGGGACCCAAGUGCAUAGUUUGUGUCAUGAUUGAGAGUGGACAGUGAGACCCUCCCUGAUGCCAGUUGGAGAGCAUGGAGGUGUGUUUCUAAGAGUAUCCCACUGAAAAUGUUCUUGUUGGCAAAAGAGGACUGGCAGUACUGUUAGAGCAGGAGGUUUGUUGGUCUACUGCUUUGCUGGCAGCAGUGUUGUGGGUGCUGAUUUUGCUGGGCUAGAGGGAUAGGUGAAUUUAUUGGCCAUGAUGGUCCUGAACUGGACUGGGCAGCAGGGAGGUUUCUAGGGGCGUUGUACCAGGCAGGCUGGAAGUGCCAUGGCAUGACUGUGCUCUCUGGACUGGCUUCCCUCACUGAGUCCCCCCUGGCCCCAUGCAUUGCUGAGAGCUCAAGUGUGAUCCCAUGGAUGGUUUCUUCGUGGCUUUCUCCUGGGGAGAUUUGGGGUGCCAAAUGUGCUCCACCAAAGGAUCCUGCCGGCACCUCCUCACCCUUCCAGGUUCUCCUUGCUGCCUCUAAUGGGGAAAGUGGUGGUCAGUGAGGUGGGCAUUGCAAAGCUGGCUGCAGCUCUGAUGCUUCUUGGUGCUACCUUUGCCUUUUGUGUGAUGCCCAGCGUCCUUAAUUGUGCCAGGCAGCCUGUCCUUUCUCCUUUACCCCAGCCUGGCAGCAGCAGAGCCGGGCUGUCUGCAUUUAACCCUGCCUAGGAGCAAAGAAAGGCAGGGAGUGGCUGGGAAGCAUUUGCAGGACUCUUUUUACCUGUGCCCCAAGAUGGGGUGAGACAGAGAAUCAUUCCCCUGCCCUGAGCCUGCAUUUUGGGGAGCCCCUGCCCUGCCCCCACCAUUGGAGGCAGAUGACCCUGCAGGCUGAUCCCCAACAGCUGCAGCAGGCGGGUCCCUCCCUGACUCCCUCUGCUUACAUUGCCUGCUCAGUUUGGGGUUAAUACAAAUGUCAAUCCAGCCGGGGAGUGGCACCCAUGCCUGGCCCUGGUGUCCCCUUCCAGCAGGAGCCCUAUGCCAGCCCCGGGGACAAGGAGCAAAGGGCAGGGUGGUGGUGGGCCCCGCUUGGGCUCGCUUGCUCCCAACCAAAGCGCACAACGAGCUGUCCUUUAAGAAGGCAGGGGGGACCUAGAGUGGACCUGGUGAGAGACAGAGAGUUUGAACAGUUAAAAAAUAAUAAUAAUAAUAAUAAAAAAAUAGGGGGAUGGGGGGGAAAAAUAAUCCAGAGUCCUGAUGACCUUUCUGUGAUUGUUUCAGACUUGAAGCAAGAGGCCAGCGUGGCUGGUUGAACACCUUUUGAUCGUGUAAAUAUCCUGCUAUUUCCUAUUUUAAUGUUCUUCAGAUUUAGUACUUGUAAAUAAACACAAGCAUCAAGGAGAGAUUAAACAUUUUUGCUAAA